UGUCUGGCCAAGUGAAUUCGCGAUGUAGCCUCUUUCAUAGUCGAUUUCAUCGCGUUCGCGUUUAUUCAUCAUCGAUGCACCGAGAAGUGUCGGGAGCAUUUCGUGCAACAUUCUCCAAAUUCGAGUCGCAUGAAAUCUCCUGUUGUUGUUCUCGUAACAACGAUCGUCUGCCGUUGUGUCAUCCUUUGCCGUUGUGCAGCACGACGUUUUCAUUCUCGUUUAGUAUCUUCGUUGUCAUCGUUAUCAAGUGCCUUCUCUCUCCCUCUCUCUCGCACUCUUGACUCACUACUUUCCGAUCUGAAUCGCGCGAAACUCAGCGUACGCAACCAGUGACGUACUAAUACAAUUUGUCAAUCCAAAUUCCGAUAUGAGGCGGAUGAUUCAUUCCAGAAUGCACUGCAUUUAAUAAACAUCUUUAAUAUAAAAAAAUUUUAUUGUCAACAACAGCAAAGCGUGAUUUGGUACACAGAAUAAAAGGAAAAGAUGUCCCAAUUAAGUAUUAGUACAGGAAAGAGAGGGAGGAGUGUUGCAAGCUCCUCUGCAUCUACUGUAUCAUCUCUAAGUAGUUCAACUGACUUAGCAAGCCUGUUUGAAUGUCCAGUUUGCUUUGAUUAUGUUCUUCCACCGAUUCUACAAUGUCAGAGUGGACACCUUGUUUGUAGCACAUGCAGACCAAAGCUUAACUGUUGUCCUACCUGUAGAGGUCCAUUAGGUAAUAUCCGCAACCUGGCCAUGGAAAAAGUGGCGGGCAAUGUAAUGUUUCCUUGCAAAUAUUCAACAAGUGGAUGCACAGUCUCUUUAGUGCAUACGGAAAAGGCAGAUCAUGAAGAUGCAUGUGAAUUCCGUCCAUACAGUUGUCCUUGUCCAGGUGCUUCUUGUAAAUGGCAAGGAUCUCUUGAACAAGUAAUGCCACAUCUUCUCAUGAGUCACAAAAGUAUUACGACUCUUCAAGGAGAGGAUAUUGUUUUUUUAGCAACCGAUAUCAAUCUUCCCGGUGCAGUGGACUGGGUAAUGAUGCAGUCCUGUUUUGGUCACCAUUUUAUGCUAGUGCUUGAAAAACAAGAAAAGUAUGAUGGACAUCAACAAUUUUUUGCAAUUGUUCAACUAAUUGGCUCGCGGAAGCAGGCAGAAAAUUUUGCUUACCGACUAGAAUUAAAUGGACAUAAAAGACGCCUGACAUGGGAAGCUAUGCCACGUUCUAUUCACGAAGGAGUUUCGUCUGCAAUUUUAAAUUCAGACUGCCUCGUGUUCGACACGUCUAUUGCGCAAUUAUUUGCCGAUAAUGGAAAUCUAGGAAUAAAUGUUACAAUUUCCAUGGCAUGAGGAAAGCUGGAAAAAGCGGUGUAAAAUCUUUUAAAUGUCUCGAGCAGUCUCUGGAUUGUAACUUCAUCUACGUACUGAGGAUUGCCCGUUAUGUACAUAUAGCAUUUUUUACGUUACCACAGAUAAAUAUUAGCAAUACGGAUGUUAGGAAACGUUUGGAAUGUGUUGAUGAAGCACAGCAAUCAAACGCUCAGUUACAGGACCUCUCUUUAGAAGCUUUAAAGUGUACUUGUAUGUGAUAUUAACACUACAAUACGAAUACAAUAAACAACUUUUCUGUAUAUUUAUGCUGACUUUAAAGCUUUUACACUGGGUAAAGCAUCGACUCCAAAAAGUACCUGACACCGAUUGCAUACUGACGUCACGUUCUUUUAGUCACUUCUUACAGAACCAGUUUUUACAGAAAUAAUCUUUUUAAAUUUGAAGCUUUUUAUGAAAGGCGUAUUCUUCAUAAAAGUAACAGUAUAUUUUAUAAAAACGAAUAGUUUUUAUCGAGAGAUCUGUCUUGAUCUGUUUACAUACAAUAUGGCAAUGCAAAGAAACUUA